CAUGGGCAGAGCGAUGGUGGCCAGACUGGGGCUGGGGUUGCUGCUUCUGGCACUGCUCCUACCCACGCAGAUCUAUUGCAACCAAACAUCUGUUGCACCGCUUUUAGGUAACCAGACUGUCUCUACUGCCCCAAAUCCAACUAAUGCCACCACCAAAGCAGGUGGCAGUGCCCUGCAGUCAAAGGCGGGUCUCCUCGUGGUCUCACUUUCUCUUCUACAUCUCUGCUGUUAGAGACUUGGGCCAAGAAACAUCUCUACUUCCCCAUCUUCUAGACCUACCCCAAUGGUAACCACAAGUCCAGUGUGACCCGGAAGAAACAGGUCCACAUCAAAUCUGCUAUUACCACCCCUCAACAGAAAACCUUGAGAAUUCAUGUGAAGGAUGUGACAGACGGUGAAUGCCAAUAUUGAAUCUGCUAGAGUUUUAUGUUCAAGAUGAAGAG